AUGAGUUCUGUUCAAGGCUCAAGUGUAAACAAAGUGCUAUGUAGAAAUAAAAUGAAGGUUACCUUCGACCAUGGUUUAACAUAUGGAGGUGUAUAUAAAGGUACAGCAAAAAUGGAGAAGAAUCAAAAUGCAGAGUGGUACCUACAGAACUACGCUUACCACGUGCCAGUGAAAAAGGGACCUUACCUUGACGAAAAUGCAAAAGUGUACCUCCUUGUUAUGCGCCACCUACAUAGGAAGCAUGAUAAUCAGAAUGCCAUCUAUGGUGAGAUGAAGAGAAAUAAUUUUUUGAACAAUAUAAAGUGCGGUGUUUUACUGCUACUUGUGUUGUAUAAGAAUAGGAAGAAAGCUAGCCUUGUGGCGGACCUUGCAGUGAAUUCGGGUUCCCCAGAAAGUGUAAUGUCUCACGGGGAAGAGACAUACGACGGAGGUGAUGCUUGCCGCGAUGAUGAGACGGAGCAGGAAUCCGAGAGGGGACGUAACGGAAAUGACGAGAAGGGUAUCUACCUGGAUGCACAUUCCAGAGGAAGGACCACUUCUCAACCCCCCCCCAAAAAUAUUCUCUUUUUAAAAACAAGUGGGGAUAAUGCCAUUCUCCCAUUUUGUAAUAAUAUCAACUACGUAAAGGUGAAAAAGAAAAUAGGCUACCACAAGAGAAACCUCGCCAAGACGCACCUCGUAAUGUGCAGGUCCAUUUCCAGCACGAGUGUUAACCAUACAAAAACGAGCAACAAAACUACAGUCCGUCUUUUGUGCAGGCCAUGUAACUUGCGGUGUGCAGAAGAUGCCAACCAAGGGAACAAACGGACAGUUGGUUCCUUCGCCCCUAUUAAUGAUUCACAAUAUUGUAAGAAAAAUGGGAAGAAGGUGUUAUGUUCCCACAUGGGUAGCAACGAGAAAAGUGUAGCAGGAGCUAACACAAACGAUCUAGUCACCCUUUUACGUUCCCAACUUUUCCACGCCAAGGGGAAAGAUCCACAAAUUACACCCAAAAGUAAAGUACUAAUUUUCACAACAAAGGACUAUCAGAAUGUUCCUUUUAUUUUUCCUUCUUCCAGUAUUGGAAACGUAGGAGGCAAUAAAAAAAUAUUUGUAGCUGUAGAGAACAGUAAAAUCAGUAGCAUUUGCGGUAAAGCCAAUUGGUCCAGUUGUAAGAGCCGCUUGGGAGGGACCCCUCUUUUGUGUUCGCAUGUGAUUAACCGGUUCGCAGCCAACAGUGUACCAAUCAUGGGGGUGAUAGCCGAAGGAACACUCUGUGAUUUUAUGAAUUUUCUGCUCCAAGUUGCCAUCCCUAGCGUGGUACGAAUGGCAGCCGCAAUGUGUGUCAUUGUAGGCUCCGUAGUAAUUGCGCUGAGGGAGGUUCUCAUAUAUGCCCAACUUUGUGCCCACCUGAUGACACAUCUAUUGACGAAGCGGCCACCUCUAAUGAUCAGACAUAGGAAGUGUAGUGAAGGGACAAACCCAGAGCAGAGAUACAUGUCUACCCACAAAUAUAAUAUAUUAAACAUAUCCCUUAAGGAUUGCAAAACGGGUCAGGUAAUUCCUUCCCACAGUAAAAGCGCCCUCAUAUCACACUCAAGCAGUAUUUUGUCGAAAAAGGAAAUUGGCAUAUGCAAGGUUGGUUGCUCUUCAAUGGAGAGUUCACCAUCUGGUAAUUUGAAAGCGGAAGAAAACAAGUCAUUGCUGGCUGUGCAUGUUAAAGGGGAGCGUAAUGGCCGAAAGAAUAUUACCCUAGUUGAUAUGCCGAGAGAAAGAGUUAAGCAGCCCGUGUGUACCUUUUUUCUGCUUUGUAACGUAUCGAAUGUGUCUUUUGAAAGGGACCAUUGUUUGAUGUUUUCGACGUGUAUCCCCAUUGUUCAUGUCGGGGGUAGAAGCGAAGACCGCCCAAGUGGCCACACCGAUUUGCCAUUUUGCCCACUGAUGAACAGCUCAAUUACGCGUAGGCGUGUUAGGUUUUACAAGAGAGGAAUGAGCCCUAUAUUUUGUAUAACGUCGGAUGAGUAUAAGAUCAGCGAGAAGGAAUCCCCCCAGACGAUAUUGCCUAUCGUAGGUAACCCCCGAUUGUGUGGUGACCAUCCGUGGAAAUCGUGGAAAUAUGGUUUCAGUAGAAGGGACCCCGCCGUAUGUAGCAACCAAGUGGGGGACAGCGAAUGGGGCGGCAACAGCAACGAAUAUGUAGAAGGUGGUAAUCGUCCAACAGGAGGAGGAAACCCCAAUGAAGGCGGUAAUUACCCUCAAGAGGUUAACAAUAACCCAAAUGGGAAUGGUAACGGGGGAGGUAACGGAGCAGGUAACGAAGGAGAUGGGGAUGACCGAGAUUGGAAUGACAACAAUGAGGACAACAGAGGAGGCUUCCCAGAGGAGGAGGAAGAGGAAGAGGAGAAUGUUCUGAUGGGAACUCAAAAUGGGAAGACGAAAAAGAAACGGAAAAAAAAGUUAAACGACAAAAGUAGGAAUAUUAAUAAAGCCACCAGUGGAAGGAAGGGUAGAAAAAAAAUGGACAUCCUAAAUGAUAUGCAGGAGGAGAGUAACGUAACUGCAGGCAACUACGGAAGUGUGCGUAACGUGAAACCGUUUCAUAACAUUGGAGGGAUGAAUAGCGUUGCCGGUGUGAACCACAUGGGAGGCAUGCACAAUGGUUCCUUCGCUUAUAGUAGCCAUGUGCCAGAUAAAAUUAUGCAUGACAGUAUGGGUAAGCUAAAUAUGAAGUCAGGGGGUGGGUACCCUAGUAGGAUGGGUGGUCCAAUGGGCGAUCAUGUUAGCAGCAAUGCGGUUGGUCAGAUGCCCAACGGGAAUUUGAACAUGUAUUUAGGUAAUCACGGGAAUAUGCCUUACGUGCCACCCUAUGGCAACUCUAACGGCCCUGUGGGGAUCAGUUUGAAUAGUAGGGUGGGAGGGUCGAUAAACGGCUCUCUAGGUAACAACGCUAAUAGCAGCACCCAGGCUAGCAAUUCGAUGCAUGGCCAGAUGAACCACAUGAACAGCGUCUUCCGAAACAGUAUUAUGAAAAGCAAUAGCAGUCAGGUGAACCGAAUGAUGAGCAACACACUCAGUCCACACGUACCGAACGGUGGCGUGAACAGUAGUGUGAACAGCGGGGUAGGUAAUAACAUGGGUAAUUACGGGAUGCACUUUAACCAGCAAAAGGGAAGUGUAUCGAAUGGGCACGUUGGCAAUAAAGUGAUUUUUCAGGUGAAUGGGCAAAUGGGAGUAGGAUACGGGAUGAACAACGGAGGUAGUAGUAGUUUUGUACACCCCUCGAACAACCAUGUUGGAAACGUGCCGAAUAGUUUAUCUAGUUCAGUAAGUAGCAACGCUAAUAUGCAUAUGGAGGGCUCAAGUACUAGUGGAAGCACUCAUAAGAAGGGGCAUGUGAAUCUGCAUCAGGGAGGGAACAAGAUGAGCACGAGUUCGGUGAGUAGCCAAUUGGGGGGUCUCCCAGGCACGAAAUCAGGGGUGCAUAUGAAUGGGCAUAUGCGUAGUCCGGGGAGCGGUCACAUGGUUAACCAGAUAGGCGCACGUGGGAUGACUCAGACGGGUGGACCACUGAUGAGUCAAACGAGUGGGCACUCGAACAAAUCGCUCAUCAGUACUAUAAGCAUAGACAAGUUAAGCAACAGCAGUAAAGCCAAAAGUGGAAAUGGAAGUUUGAACCUGAACAACCAUAUGAUGAACCAAAUGGCUAGCUACGUGAGCCCCAACAUGGGUCGAAGUUCUGUGACAAAAAGUAUGAUGAGUGCAAAUGUACCAGACGGAAUGAACAACGCCAAAAUGAAGGACACAGUUAUGAACAACAACCUGUAUAGGAGCAACAGUCUUUUGAGGGACACUCUGGUGGGCAGCAACAAGGCGAAUCAAAGCGGCUCGAUGAUGAAAAAUGAGAUGGUAAAGAAUCAGAUGAUGAAGAACCAAAUGAGGAAUAAUAACGGUUAUAUGAUCGGCAUGGUGAACAACAAUUUGGUCAACAUGAACAUGCAGCUAGGAGCGCGUGGUAACUUUCCCCCCAUGAAUAACCUCCCCAUUUGUAGCAAUGGAAGCCCCAUGAAAUUUGCAGGUGAGAGGUACGCCAUGAAUAAAAUGCUCCCCAACGGCAACGCAGGAGGAAGCAAUGUUAACGGCGGCAUGAUGAUAAUGAACAGGGAGAUGAGCGAAAUGGGCAACACCCCCGGAAUGAUCAGUUAUCUAAGUGGCAACAAUACUGUAAAUAAAAAUAUGAGAGGUUUGAAGGUGGAGAGCAGCUACCCCUUUGAGCAGAUGAACAUGAGGAACGACCAACUAAAUCAGGUGCAGGUCCAACAGGCAAACAUGGGCAACAUGACCAACAUGCAUAUGAAUGUGAAUUUGAAUAGCGCUAAAAUGUACCUGAACAAUGUGCAGGUGGGGAGUGAAAAAUUAAGCAGCGGGAAUUUUCUCCAGGGAGAAAGUAAUCACCCAUAUUCGUAUGGAAGUGGGUUAAACGGCACAUGCGGAAGUAGUGUGCAUAACCAGAAGGAUGACAUGAACGAAAUAGCAGGAAAUGCCAGUGUAUAUGCAACUGGGAACGAUGUAGAAUGUGUCAGUAGCAAGAAAAACAACACAGUCCUCAAUAACAAGAAGAAAAACAAGAACAAUUUAAAAAAUGGACGGGAAGAUGAAUUGAAUAACAGCCAGAAUUUAAGAAGUGUAAAAAUUAACUGGAGUAAAUAUGAUAGCAUUUUUAAAAAAAUAAAAUUAGAAAAAGAUUAUGAAAAAUUUAUCAACACAGAUGAGGAAAAGAUAAACAUCUCAGAUGCAGACACGGAGGAUAAAUCAGAUUGGGAUCAGAACCCAGACCCAGGAUCUAAUGAUUUGUUGAAUAUUAACUUUAGGUCCUUCAUUCAUGAUUAUAAUGAUGUGCUCAAUAAGUUAAACUCUAUCAAGGUGAAUGAUAAAAAUGGGUUCAAGAAAAAUGCCUACACAGAGUUGUAUGAGGAGAUUUUCCUAAAUAUCGAACGUUUUUUUGACAUUUCACAGCUGAGGCAUGAAAAUAAUUUUACGCACUCAAAUUUUUACAAAAACACCCUAGACCGUGUGACCGGAGGAGACAUGCUUUUUGCCAAUGGGAAUGGAAGCGACUGCUACGAAGGGGGGAUCACCUCCACCGAGGUGGUAGUAGUAACCCCAACUGCAGCAUCUGCUACUGCAUCUAGUGUGGCCAAUAAGGCAGGCAUGAAAAAGCCCAACGGAGGAAUCUCACAAUGUAGCAACGCUGAGAAGGAAAAUAAUGAUGAUGAUGAAAUUAUGAAUAAAGGAAAGACCAACUUUUUUCAAAGUGUGUCCCUCAGCGCAGACAAUAAUACCCUCUUCGAAAUGUUACUAAAAAAAAAAAAAGAGUUUGACGAAAUUUGCACGUUGCAUAACUUCGACUCGGCGAUCACGAAUGAGGAAGGGCCCACAGGGAACGAGACCAGUGGUAGGAACUUCCUUUCCAGCAGUUUGCUUGGAUCCCCUGCGAAAAAUAAGAUAGGCGCUACCGUGGCAGACUACAGAAGCGGUGUUACCCACUUAGCAAGCGGCAACGUUCGGCACACACAGGAGGGCAACCCAGGGACGAACAAAAAGGGAGGCAGUGAAGUAAAAAACGCAGCGUACCAAAACCACUUCAUCGAAAAGAUACUAUCGAAGAGGUACAGGACUUAUUCCAUUAACGAAUUUGUAAAUGUCCAGCUGAAUGAUAAUCUGCUUGAGCUCAUCGACAUCUACAAGCAGAACCUCUGUUUUAACAUCAGGAAGAUGUUGAAGAAAAGAAUUAGUCACCAGGGGGAGAGGCGCUUCGAUUGGCAUUAUGGCGCCAAGAGGAUGAUGCGAAUCGGCAAAAAGACGCAGAAAGGAAGGAGAAAGGAAUUACUCAGGGGAAGGAAGAAAAAAAGGAGAAGGAUACUACGGAAGGGUGAUCAGUUUCCCGGAACAACGUUAAAGCUGGUAGGAAAGAUGAACAACAGUGAUAAGUUGGUAAGUGGGGAAGCAGGGCUGGCUGACCACUUGGGAGGGGAUGAUCACCCCGUCACGGGAGCGAAGAAUGCAUCUGGGGAAAAUCUGGAAAAACCGCUUUUUUCCUUCUCAUCGGGAAAUGUUAAGAAGAAAAAGAAAAUCGAUCAAGAGGAUUCUGCUAAUGUGGGCGAUAGUAUGCCUACAGAAGGGGGGAGGAAAUGCAAGCAGGAGGAAGGGAAGGAUGAUGGGAUCAACAAUAUUGUGAGCAAAUUAUCCUUUGGACUCUUCCAAACGAAACUGAAGUCCCCCCAGAAGAGCGAAGGGGAAAUGAAAAAUAAAAGCGAAAGUACAGUAGACCACUGCACGAUGGAAAACCACGGUGACAUUAGCCUCUACAUAGAGAAGAAAAUCACGCAAAAGAAAUCUUACCCAAUGAAUGGAGGCUUCACCCAAGCAUUAAAAAUGGAGUGGACGAAUCUUUCCAUUAGUAGAUUGCAAAAAAGGUUGUUUGAAGAAAGGCAGAAAAACAAACUGAACAAGCGAAAAAAAAUGAUGAAUCUGAAAUACAAAACAAAUGCAAUCAUCGACUUUGGAGAUAAAAUCGUCUGGGUGUCCUUCGAAUUCAACCACCUAGACACACUGAGGAAGAUUAGGAAUAACAUUUUCCAAAUGUACAAUUUGAGACAAAUAGAAAAAAUGAAUAAGUCGGAGAUCAACUUGGAAAAGUGCAUUACCAAUGAAAUGAGAAAAUAUAAAAAUGUAAAAAUCAGGUUUUAUAAAUUCCUCAGUUAUUAUGAUUUUGUUUUUUUGAAGAACCGAUUGAACUUCAUCAAAAUUAAGUAUAAGAAUGGGGUGGCAAAGAAUCCAAAAGGGAUGACCUUUCCAGGUAGUUCCUUAACAAGGUUGGCCGACACGCAGGGGGAUCACCCAGCUGAGCCUACCGCGGAAGGAGUUGUUUUAAAGGAGGGUGGCGGUGGAACCAUCCUAAGUGAUCCAACUGUAGGGAAUGUGAAAUGUGAGGUGGUAGAAAAAAAAGACAGGAGUGAUAGCUCCCCGCAGGAUGGAUCUAGUAAAGAUGUGGACCAGAGGAAGGGGGCUGCUCUACUGAGCGAUGUGCACCCUAGUGCCGAGUUUGUCACGAAGGAUAAUUCGCAGACAGGUGUAACAUUCUGUGAGGAGGGGCUCAUAAAAGGAGGAGAAGUGAACAACGGAAACAACCCCCCCGUUUUGAAGAGCGAAGUAGAAGACCAACGCCCGCAAGAGCAAGUUGUUUCCCCUCUGCAUGGUGCCUCCGUCUUUGCCAAAAGUGAGCACCCCAAGAGUGAGGUAAUAUACCCAUAUCUGCCCUUCGCGAAAGGAAAAGAUGCCGAUAUUAAUCAGCUUCUGAAUGACGUGAAGAAUCUCUGCAUCGAACCGAAUGACAAUAUGAUUAAGAAAAAAAAGCUACGGAAGGACAUAACCCUGUUCCCCCUGAUUGACAAGAAGAGGCUGAAUACCUACAUCCGUCUCGAUCUAAAUGCGGCUGCGAAGAAGGAAGAACUUGUAACAAAUGAAACCACGAACAAUUAUUCAAUCGAUAAGGAGAUAAACAUCCUUAACAAAUUUUUGAGUACAGGCUUGAAGCUUGAAAAAAUGGAAUUUGGAAAAGUCGGGUCGGGAAUAACAACAACAGGAACAGGAGGAACAGUUGGCUUAGCAUCUGGCCCAACAGCUACCGCAGGAAUAGUUGCAGAAAAUUAUGACCAUACAAGAAACCACCACAUGCAUAGUGAGAAACACAACGCAACCAAUUCUGUUCUGAUUGACAACUGCGUCUGGUCCAACAACCCCUCCCUUUUCAGCAUCUUCGAGAAAUAUUAUCUACUGCUAAAAAUGCAAAAGUACAUUUUGCAAUAUAAGCACUUUUCAAAGAAUAGCAUUAAGAAGAAACUGAGUUCUGAGUCCAACUGUGAUGCGUAUUCCAGUUCGAAUUCGUUGAAGGGUUCCUCUAGUGGGAACGUCAGAGGGAGAAGGAGGUAUGGCAAGGGGAGUAAGGGUGCAAAGAGGGGCGGAGGGCGUAGACUUCCUUCCAAAGGUGCAAGGCUGGGGGUGGCCGGGGUUAUGACAUCCACUAAUGAGGCAAUCCCCGUGGAUGAUUUGGUUGGUGUGAAACGGAGGAGAAAGGUCGGAGUGGCUAGCAAUCAACCAUGCGAAGAUUUAACUGCCCCGAUGGGUGACGCGGAAAUGGUAUGCGAAAAUAAUGGCAUGAUCAACAGCGAAAGGAAUGAACAGUUGGGAGGAAGCGCAUUUGUAAAGGUGGAACAGGAAGGCGCACAAAUGAGUGUGGAUUCGAUCCAGAAUGAAGGGGGUGACCUACAAGGGAUAGCCCUACAAGGAAGUGGUACACCCAUUGGCAAGGCAACCAACGGUAGUGUAGAAGUGCCCCCCGAGCAGAUUGGCUCUUUUUACCCCCCCAUGAAGAACGAACUGGAGGACGAUGUAAACGUGCCAAAUGGAGGGACAUUCGCGCAAGAUGUGCGAAUGAAAAAUGAACUAAGUGCCAUACGUACCUGUAGAAGCGGAAGCAACAGCAGUGGAAGUGUCAGAAGCGCGAACAUGAGGAACUCGAUACAAAAAGGUGCACCCAAGCGGGAGGUGAACUUCCUGGAGGUAGAAACAGACAAGGAUGUAGACAGAGAUUCAGACGGAGAGGCAGAGUUUGACACAGAGUUUGAGAUGGAUGACGGAAGUGGGAAGAAAAGAAGAGGAAGGAAAAAAGGAAAAAAGAGAGGCAGGAAAAAAGGAGGAAGAAAUAAAUGCAAAUUAGAAGAAGAUAACAUAACAGAAGGAGCAGAAAAUAGCAGAACAAUUUGGAGAAAAAAAAACGGAGAAUAUGAAAAGUACCAAUUGAAGGACAUGAAAAGAUUCGCAGACUUUACAAACAGCGAAGAAAUGUUAGACGAAGUGGAUAAGGAAAUUUUGGCCAACGAAAUUAUACCCAUCGAUAAGGACAUAAUAAUAGAUCUGCUAUGUGAAGAGGAAAAGCUAAUAGAAAGUUACAUUAAAAAUUCUAAAUUUGUAGAUAAAAAUUUAAUAUGCUUUUUGAUUUAUCUGAAUACGGUUCAGAAGAGGCUGAGCUGCAUCUCAAACAGGUUACUUAGGAAAGUCAUCCGGGAGAAUAAGAUGCCUCCAAAGAUCAGUGAAAAUGUAAGUCGAAGUGAUGAGAUAACUUAUAGGUACCUUAUGUUUGAACGGUGGAACCAGUUGAGGUACUCUCUUUUUUACAACAUAAAUUAUGUCCGUAGUGGUAGCAGGGUGAUGCUUCAUGAAGGGACCCAAGCGGAUGGAUACAAAAAUGUAAAUAUACAGACCAUUUUUGACUUACACAAAUUUUCUGGAAAGUAUAGAAAGCAGAAAUUACCUCCCUUUGAGUAUAGCAUCUUUCUUAAGUAUAAAAUUCACAGGCAGAGUAAGUCAUCUACAGGUGGAGAUGGUGGCGAAUCUUCCCCGAGUGGUAGAUGCAAAGAAGGGGUGGAAGAAACGCAAGAUGAAGAGGCGCUAUUUAUAAAUAAUGAAGAGAAUUUCUGCGGCUUUUCAAAUAAUACCGAUUUGAAUAUAACUCCAGUGCUAUCCUACUGCUGCGUUUGCUUCAAUGAUGAUUAUAACAGCACGCAGAUCGGUGAACAGGGAGACGCUGCUCAGAACGUGUCUAGGAACAACUCCAUUUCGAACCCAUCCGUAGAGGUGAAAAAUGAAAUCAUGGAUAAGACGCAGCAGGGACAGGGCAGAAGUAGGUCCACCUGCAAGAGGGAGGAUAUAACUCCUGGUUCGUCGGAACAGAAUGGGCGUGAGAAGGGCGCCACGGAGAUGACCACCACACGGGAUGGUACUUUGGGCAGUGUGACAAUUGCCCAGAUGAAGAACCCCCCCGGUGAGUGCGAGAAAAAAAUCAACGGUACCUCCAGCGGAACGGACAUUGCCAUUAUCGAAAAGAAUAUCAAAAGCAACCGCAACCUGAUGAUGCGUUGCGUAAGGUGCUACAUGCACGUGCACAAGUUCUGCUACAUUUCUACAAAAAAAACGGAGGAAAGUAGUUCCACUUACGCACAGGCAACCACUUCCAUCGGUUCCAACGAAUGGCUCUGUCAGAGGUGCGAAUUUGAAAAGAAAACCUUGGGCAACAAUUACCUCUACCUAUUUGACAACCAUAUCAAGUGUUACAUAUGCAUAGAAAGAGGAGGAGCCUUCAUCCAACUGAGGAGUGAUAUUUUUGUCCACACGUUCUGCGCCAUGUUCUGUGUACCAGAUUUGCUCGUAAACGCAAAUGUGAAUUUGGAAAAUUUGGAAGAAUUUUUGAAACUAAAUAAUUUGUCUUUAACGCAGGAGGUUUUGUCAUCUUUGGAGAGGAAGAGGCGAAAGCUCUUGAUGAGCAAAAACCCCACCAAGGGUGCAAAGCAGGAUGGACUGUCCUACAUAACCGGGAAUAGCAACUUAAUAGAUCCUGGUAACGAAUCGCUAUCUCAUCCCAGUCUGAGCAAUUUGCCAGUGAAUACUCCCCCACAUGUAAACGGCGCAGAAGAAAAGACGGCAGAUUUUUUAACCUUGGGGAAGAAUGAAGAGACGGAGGGAAGAACGAAUUCCCUGUCGAGGCACACGUUUAGCGGAUCAGCUGAUCGUGGAAGCCCCAACGCCGAGGUGGACACCGAACAUCGGUCCAAAAUCCAAUCGAUAAAGUCAAUUUUUUCGAAAAAUUACAUCUCCAGUGUGAAGCAAGGUGUUAAAAAAAACGUGGAUACGAUGAAUGCUGGUGCAAAAGUUGGUGAGUUUUUCCCGUUUGAGAAGGAGGAUAAGAAGAAGAGGGGAAGUGAAAGCGGUGACGAUCAGCGGGAGAGCAAUAGCCGUGCGAAUCUCCCUGAAGGUGGUGACGCUAACAGAAGCGACUUUGAUCACAGUAAGGAGACGGAUCGAUUGCAAGAAAAGAAGGACAGUGUGCGAAUGCAAUAUGGGGAGAGUUACCCACAGGAUGGAUACUCCUCCUCCGAAUCGUCGUGCUCCACCAUGACGGCGUCUUCCAUUCGAUCCGACUCGACGUUCCCAAACCGGCAUGGUGACGCCACACUAAACCCAUCGGUGGGAAGGCAAAAGGAGAAGAACCUCCCCUCUAAACCAUUAUCGUGUAGCCCAUACCUGCUGAACGGCUACGUACAGGAUAAGGUACGCUGCGAUGUUUGUUUAAAGAGCAAAGGAUUAUUCAUAAAAUGUGAAAAUAUAAAAUGCGAAAAGUACGUCCACCCGUUAUGCGCCUACAUGUGUGGGUUAUACAUCAAGUGCAAAAACUCAGAUAAGAAAUUUUUAAAAUUUCAGAACAAAAUAGAUUAUUGCUUCCCCCGGAUAUUCUUCUUCACCAAGUGUAUCUUCCACUCUAUUAAAAAAUGUGGCGUCAUUAGGAUCUACGAUGAGAUCAUUAAACGGAGGACCAAGUACCUCAACCGGGAUUUGUAUCCAAGCAUAUAUGAGAGCAAUAAAAAGGAGAGGAAGCAGAAGAAUUCUGUUAAAUACAAAAUUAGAAACAAUGGUAGUAAUAUUAAAAAAGGGGGAAGUAUCCCAGGAGCAGUAGGCAGUGGACCAGCAGCCAUAGCAGCAGGGGGAGGAGGUAUUGGAGGUGGAACAGGAGAUGUAUAUGAAGUUCUGGCUUUUAACUUUAACUACUUAGAUUCAUAUCAGUAUAAUUUUUUCCUCCUUCCAUCUAUUGAUUAUAUAAAAAAUGAUAUUUGUUUGGUUUGCUUUACGUCACACAAGAAGAAGAAGCUCCUCUACUGUAAGUAUUGCAACAUGUGUGUGCAUAAGAGCUGCUACCUUAUCGACUCGACCUACCUGGAAUACCACUUCUAUCGAAAGAAUAAAAGGACACACACCUUUUUAAUGCACUCGAAACAACAGAAGGUGAAGAAUUUGCUGGGGAAACUAAAGGAGAAGAAGGAAGCGCUGCUCAAUAUUCUACUCGGGGAGAAUAGUCACAACGCUUGUUAUGAUUUACCAGCCGGAGGAGUAGUUACUGCAGGUGUGAAGAGGGAGGACCUAUCCUAUGGGCAGAUUAUUCCCCACCAGGGGAUGGAUCUUCCACCACGAGAGAAUACACGAAGUGAUCAUCUCAUCUCAGUAAAAUGUGAGAACCUGGAAGAGCAACUUCCGGAAGGGCAUCAUGAUCCCCCUGCAAUCAAUCCUAUCACCAUUCCUGAAGGAGGCGAACCAAGUUGUGUAGCACAAGGGGAGGCAGCCCCCGAAAUGUUUGCAACCCCCCCGUGUGGGGAACCUCCACAGUUGGUAAAACCAACCAGUACGAACGAAGAAAUAGAAAAGUCCAAACAAUUCAAGGAGUUAAUGCAAAAGGAAGUUAUGAACUGUCUGUACACCCCUGAAUAUUUCCAAAGCGCAGAAAAUAUGAACAAACUGAAGGAGUUUAAAAAGAAGCAAAAGUUUCUGCAUCUAAGUGAAAACGGCAACUACCGCUGCGAGGAGGAGAAGUGCCUGACCGACUUAGACGACAUAGAAGAGAGGAAAUUAUUUGUGUGCGAUUUGUGUGCCAAUAAUUACAACCAUGAAAAUGUGAACUGCAUACUCUGCAGCAGAAGGGGAGGCGCCAUCAAAUUAAUCAAAGUGAAUGAUCACAAUAGGGUCGACAAAAAUAAAAAUAAAAAAAACGCCUUCUUGAAAGGAGAGAAGGAUUUUGUAUUUGUGCACAUGCAGUGUGCCUUGUAUGCUCCGCAAAUUGUUAUACAGGAUAUAGGGGAAGAAUAUUACCAGAUUUUUAAUUACGAUAAUUUUUCUGCGCAAGAAUGUGACCAGGUGGAACAGAUGAAGGAGAAGGAUAUCAAAUCAGACACGGAAGUUUGUUCUUUGAAUAACGAGUGUGACUAUGAUGAGAAGCAGAGUUUGUUGGGGGAGUUCCUAUACCGCCACGCAGCGGCGCCUAGUGUAAACAAGGGUACAAACAUCCCUACGGUGGCUAGUAGGAAGAACUUUGCUAGUUCUGCGUUACCAGUGGCAAAUGCGACGUCAAGUGCAGUGGCCAAUGUAGCAGUGAGCGGAACUGCUACCCUUCCGAAUACUGUCUCCCUCGUCUCGGCGUCGCUUAACCCCCCACAGGGAAUUGCUACAGAAAUGGGCGCGCCGGUCGAGGUAGACACCCAAAUGAAGAAUGAAACGAACGAAGGAAGUGUUUUCGUAGGGGAAGUUGUGCCACCGGUUAGUUGCAGUGUCAGUCAGCCUAACCCUAUUGGCAACCCCGGUGAGGGAGAAGGCAACGCGAAGGAAGGAACAGAUGGAGUGGGGACACUAUCACAAAAUGCAGCAAAUAAUGUACCCCAUAAUGAAGAGCAAUGUGGCGCCAACUUAGUUAAGAAGGAGCAGCAACACACAACCGAGUUGCACAACCUGAUGAACGUCGCGCAAAAUGGGGGUGCGCUUAACUGGCCUAUCAUAACCACGAGUAGUAACGUAAUUCCAAACAAAAUAGACAAAAACGGAAGGAAACUUAAAAAAGGAAAAGAAAUUUUAUCCUACGGUAAAUCGAGCAGCAUGCUGGGAGACACGAACAAAAGGCUAAUCGUCACACCCCCCACACACGUAGGAUUUUCAAACAAAAAAACCACCAACCUUUAUUACUACAAUUUUAACAGAAGAAAAAAUAAUUACAAAAUAAUAAUUAAAGAUAAAUUAAAAAAACACCUAAAUAAAAAUGUGUGCUAUAUUUGUAACCUCACUUAUGGCUAUACACAAAAAUGUGUGGAAAAUAAUUGCAACCAUUAUUUUCAUAUAUCCUGUGCGAAAAUACACAAACUUUUUUUUGAGUUCGAUUAUACAUUUUUUAAAAUUUAUCCAAAUGUGACCAGCAUGCAAAUUUCAAAGUUGCCUAACUGUUCCGUCGGGGCCAUCAUCUUCUGUGAGGUACACUCCAGGAUCAGGAGGAAGAUCAAUCCAUCCAUUAAAUUAUUUUCCAAGCUGAGAUCCUUCUUAGAACUGGCACGGAUAAUUGUGGGACAAAUGAAGAAAAGGGAGGACAUUAAAAAUGAAUGGAUAAGGGAGAAGGAGAACAAGGACAUUACAGCUAUUGAGCGUGGGGAAAUAGAGGAGGUGGAUAUUCAAGAAUAUGUAGAAGACGACCCCGAGGAAGUAGACGAUGUGGAAAAUUCCCUUUUCACGUCCGACGAUGAGGACGAUAACGACUAUGACGAUGGGGACGAUUCGGAUGACGAUGAGGAUUACUCCGAAGAGGAAGAAGAGGGCAGCAUCCUCAGUGGAAGCGACAGGGGGGUGAGAAGGAGUGAAUUAUAUGCGCUACAGACGGGAGGAGGAGAAGGUGAAGGAAACACUUCCCUUCCAAUGCACAGCAACCAGUUUGAUGACGGUGGUACUGGGGGCGAUCGUCCAAGCAGACUGCCUAGUGAUGCCAUACGGAUGAUGCAUGACAGUGCCCCCUGCAGCAGUAGCAGUAGUAGAAGUGGUCUAAGUCGUCGAAGCAAUAACACUAAGGGAGGUGAAAAGGAACCCACACCAAUGGAGGACCAACUCCAAAUGGAAGGUAUCCCUGAUCAGAAUGAUACCCUUGAUGAUCACCAUAAGUUUAGUGUGCAAAGUGAUUCUGUAGAUGCACCAAAUGGAGAGAGCAAUGAACCCUUGUCGGAGGAAAUGCAAAAUUCGCUUGAAGACCAAGUGGACAAAACGGUCAGUGAUAAGGACGAGGAUUACGUGCCGGAGGACGAAGGUGAGGAUUCCUAA